GCCGCCUUCGCUUCCAUGGCCACCAUCGUCCUCGGCUAUGAUGUUGGGGUGAUGAGCGGGGCGUCGCUGUACAUCCAGGAAGACCUGCGAAUCACGGACGUGAAGGUGCAGAUCAUGAUCGGCAUCCUCAGCUUGUACGCGCUUGUCGGGUCCUUCGCCGCCGCCAGGACAUCCGACUGGAUCGGCCGCCGCUACACCGUCGUGAUCGCGGCCGCCACCUUCUUCGCCGGCUCCUUGCUCAUGGGCUUCGCGGUCAACUACGCCAUGCUCAUGUUCGGCCGCUUCGUUACCGGCAUCGGCGUGGGGUACGCGAUCAUGGUCGCGCCGGUGUACACGGCCGAGGUUUCCCCGGCGUCGGCCCGCGGCUUGCUCACGUCUUUCACGGAGGUAUUCAUCAACUUCGGCAUCCUCCUCGGCUACGUCUCCAACUACGCCUUCGCGCGCCUGCCGCUCCACCUCAGCUGGCGCGUCAUGCUCGGCAUCGGCGCGCUCCCGUCGGCCCUGCUCGCGCUCAUGGUGUUCGGCAUGCCGGAGUCGCCCCGCUGGCUCGUCAUGAAAGUCCGCCUCGCGGAAGCCAGGGCCGUGCUCGAGAAGACCUCCGAUACGCCAGAGGAGGCCGUGGAGCGCCUUGACCAAAUCAAGGCCGCCGCCGGCAUCCCCAAGGACGUUGACGGCGACGUGGUCGCCGUGCCCAAGAAGGACGGCAGCGAAGAGAAGCGGGUGUGGAAGGAGCUCAUUUUCUCGCCGACCCCAGCCAUGCGGCGCAUCUUGGUCGCGGCGCUCGGCAUCCAUUUCUUCCAGCAGGCGACGGGCUCCGACUCGGUCGUGCUCUACAGCCCACGGGUGUUCAAGAGCGCGGGCAUCACGGGCGACAACCACCUCCUCGGCAUGACCUGCGCCGUCGGGGUCACCAAGACGCUCUUCGCAUUUUCGGCCACGUUCCAGCUCGACCGCGCCGGCCGGCGGCCGCUGCUGCUGGCCAGCACCGCCGGCAUGCUCGUCUGUCUCAUCGGCCUCGGGACGGGCCUCACCGUCGUUGGCCAACACCCUGACACGAAGGUCCCUUGGGCCAUCGGCUUGUGCAUCCUCUGCAUCUUAGCCUACGUGGCAUUCUUCUCCAUCGGACUCGGACCCAUCACAAGCGUGUACACCUCGGAGGUCUUCCCGCUGCGGGUGCGCGCGCUGGGCUUCGCGGUCGGCGCGUCGUGCAACCGCGUGACCAGCGCCACCGUCUCCAUGUCCUUCCUGUCCUUGUCCAAGGCCAUCACAAUCGGCGGCAGCUUCUUCCUGUACGCCGGCAUCACCGUGCUCGGGCUCAUUUUCUUCUACACCUUCAUUCCGGAGACACGCGGGCAGCCGCUCGAGGACAUAGGGAAGCUUUUUGGCAUGACGGAUGACACUGCCGUGGAAGCAGAAGGCACCCCCACGAAAGACAAGGUGAAAGUAGUGGAGAUGAGCUAGAUAGCAAAACGGAUUUGCUAUGUCUCAGAGAUUUUAUUAAGUCUCGGUCACCAAACUGUUGUUACUAUGCCAUAGCCCAUAGAUAUAGCUGAAGAACGUGCCACUGUUCGUGAAGAGAAUUGCUUCAAGUUUGGAUCAAUCGUAGUAGUAGACAUUCCAUUUACUAAAGAAAACGCCAUAUUUGAGAAUCUAAGUGAGACGAAAUGAACUCAACAUAAAGAGUUGUAGUUUUUUUAUGCAA